AUGUUUAAGACAUUUACGAAUUUCUUCUUCUUCUUCUUCUUCUUCUUCAUUCUUCUUCUUCUUCUUCUUCUUCUUCUUCUUCUUCUUCUUCAUUGCAUAUCUACACCAGAUGACUGCUACAAAUUGAUGCACAUGCGUUUCCAUCUUCUUCUUUUCUAUCUUCUUCUUCUACUACUACUACAUCUUCUUCUUCUUCUUCUUCUUGUAUAUCUUCUUUUCUAUCUUCUUCUUCUCCUUCGUCUUUCUUCUUCUUCUUCUUCUUCUUCUUCCAAUUCCAUAUUUACACCAGAUGACUGCUAUGAAUUGAUGUUUCCAGAAACGGUUCUUUCCGUUGUCAUUUCUUUUCAUACGCCAUCCCGCCGUCCAUGGAAUUGUUUUUUCAUAAUCCAUACAGCUGUUCAGGGAAUUGUCUUUCAUACAACAUCGCGCCGUCCAUGGAAAUUUCAUUUAGAAUCUAUCGCACCAUCCAUGGAAUUUUCUUUUGGAAUCUAUCGCACCGUCCAUAGAAUUAUCUUUCAGACACCAUCAUACCUUCCAUAUAAUUUUCUUUUAGAAGCCAUCGCGUCACCCAUAGAAUUAUCUUUCAGACUCCAUCCCGCUUUCCAUGGACUUUUCUUUUAG